GUUAUACCAGACAUGUCUGAUCCUUCGUCGAUAAAUGGUGGCACUGCGGUGGCCAUGGUGGGCAAAGAUUGUGUUGCAAUUGCGUGUGAUCUUAGACUUGGUAACCAGUCAUUGGGGGUCGCCAACAACUUUGAGAAAAUCUUCCAGCUGGGUCAUGUCUUCUUGGGACUUACAGGGUUGGCAACAGAUGUGACCACUGUGUAUGAGAACUUCAGAAUGAAAACCAAUCUGUAUAAAAUGAGAGAAGAAAGAGAAAUCGAACCAGAAAGCUUCGCUAACCUUGUGUCAUCAUCCUUAUAUGAGCGUCGAUUUGGCCCAUGGUUCGUGGGGCCUUUGGUGGCAGGAAUAAAUUCCAAAACUGGCAAGCCAUUCAUUUGUGGGUUUGACUUCAUUGGAUGCAUAGAUUACGCUAAAGAUUUCGUUGUUUCGGGCACUGCAACAGACCAGCUUUACGGAAUGUGCGAGUCGCUAUACGAGCCAGAUCUCGAACCAGAAGACUUGUUCGAAACGAUCUCACAAGCUCUGUUGAACGCUGCCGAUAGAGAUGCUCUUUCAGGAUGGGGAGCUGUGGUGUACGUGAUCACGAAAGACAAGGUGAUCAAAAGGUAUCUUAAAUCGAGACAGGAUUAAUAAAGAUGGAGU